UGUCACAUCUGUCCUGCCCAAACACACCUUCCUGGAAGUUUCCAGUAAUCCUGAAAACCUUGAUUAGCUGGUUCAGGUGUGUUUAUUCAGAGCUCAACUCUGUGAGACACUGGCCCUUUAGGAGCAGGAUUGGGCAGCCCUGGUAUAUUGCGUUACAGAUUUAGUUUACUCCCUUAAUUUCUACUUCCCGAAGCUGUCAUUAUCUAAUGAAGGCCUAUCCCUUUUCUAGGAUAUAAAAUGAGCACUGAAACACAUUAUUUCAUUUUUCUCAAAGAUGGAUGUACAAUUCUCAGUCUUUCUUCUGUUCAUUUUUUUCACUGCAGGACACUCUCUCAACUGUUAUGAGUGUGUAGGUUUUUCUUGUGCGGAUCAAAAUGUGAAAGCAUGUCCUGAAACUAACAAAUGCUACAGUUCAACAGCUGUAACACAGUAUGGAGACACCACUACAAAGGCAAAGAUUAAAGGUUUGUCUUCCGUCACAUGCCUGUAUAAGUGGGUACACAAACUUCAGCUAUCCAAAAUAUGUCUUUUUUCUGCUGUGACACGGACCUUUGUAACGCCCGAGAUGCUCCAGAUCCUUCUGUAGAGUCCAGUUCUACCAACUUUGGUAUCCCCAAUGAUGUUCCCAAUGGAAAGAAAUGUUUCUACUGCGAUUUGCAGAACUGCUCAAACAUAAGAGACUGUUCGGGGAGUGAAGACCACUGCUUUACAGCAACAGUGAAUUCUGGGAGCCAGUCAUUUGCUGCAAAAGGCUGUAUCUCUAAACAGGCUUGUGAUGCCUCAGCAUUGCUUCCUAGCGGUCAGGGCAUCACAUGUUGUGGAGGGAACCUGUGUAACAGUGUUCAGAGCAUCACUCAGAGCUUCCUGUUCCUCUGCUGUUCUCUGCUCUCCUUCAUCCUGCUGCACUGAAUCCAGCAGCUCUUCACAUUCUACAAUGAUACUGAA